GCCCGUGGAGAGUGCGGCUGAGCGCCGCUGUUCAGGCCGAGGAACGGAAAGGCAGGUAGCCAAGACGCCCUACGCGUCCAAGCAAUAGCAGCGAGACUAUCAGGAUAGCAUGUACAGUCUCAGCGUACAGUAUCGGUGCUUUGCUGUGAGCGUGCCGUGCUUCCUCUUUUGCCGGGAUCCCCCACAUACUGUACGCAUACAGCACAUACAAUACUAUCGGCCAUCAAGGGUGCUAUACUCGGCCUUGUUCGCAUCGCUCGUCUUGCUAGCGCAGGCCUGGCGCCGUCUUUCCAGAAGCUUGGCUCCAGCUCGAGACAAAGCGGCCAAGUCAGGGGACGGGGUUUGGGCUAAAAAUGCAAAUCGCAUGAUUGGCGUCGCGCUUUCAGCGAUCGGGUUACGGCCCUUGGACCGAUCGAGGCAAGGCCAGGCAGGCCUGCGACCGGCGCAAAGCCCCGUUGCAGAAUUCACGGGCCAAAGGCGGGACGCAGCGGCAUGGUGGUGGUAAUUUCAUCGCAGCCACCGUCGAGCUAAGGCUUUUCGGCGAAGUGACAGCUGCGGGCUGUGUCCGAGACCCCGACGAGGUUGUCGUGAACAAGGCGUUUGGUGUUUCUGCGGCUGCGGUUUCGGUUUUUCUCUCGGGUACCGUGUACAACCACCGGCAGUACCGCGGCUACCUAGUACGGCUAAAAGCUGAAGGCUAUGCUUUUGGCGACUCCGUCUUUCUUCCGGACAGAA